AGGGCAGGGCGGAGGUUUGGAGGGGCAGGGCAGGGCACGAAUUCAAUUUAGACCUAGCUGGAGCACUGAUCUUUGACUGGUUUGAUCAAUGGGGAUUCAUUUUUAUCUGAGACUUUGGGCAACACAUUUUCAUCUGCGAUAUGUGAAGUGCCAUUUCUGUCUGCGCACAUUUCAGACCAUUAAAUGUCUGCUGAUAGUUCCUAACCCUGAGUCUGCGUUGAAUGAGGAGGCAGGCAAACUGUUGCUGGAGCAGUAUGAGGACUACACAAAACGAGCAAAAAUAUACACAGAAAUCCAUGCAAAACCACCAAAGUUUUCAGAGCCUGUCUCCACAGACGCCAUCUCAGAAGGGCCCAUUGCAAAAAAACACGCUGGGGACAAGAAAUUGCUUGACAAGAAGAAAAAAGAGAAAAAGAAAAUCCUCAAGCGACUUUGAUGUCUCUGGACUUAAAACAAAUCUUUGUCACACACAUACACAACAUCAACCAAUCCCAAAUGACUGUCAUUUCGUUCACUGUAUUUUACAUUUGAGUCUCACUCUUGGAAAAACAGGGCUUAAUGCAUGUGUGUAAAGUUUUGUCCAAUAUGAGCCUGUGCAGUCCACACAGUCUAAUCACUGAUGACACUUUCCACUUUUAUGGAAUUUUCGUUUAAAGGAAGUCUCUUGUAAACAAACAUUCAGUUAGGGUGGAAAGUGUUGUUCUUGAAUAGCCAAUGUGGACUGCAUGGCUAAUCUGGGACAGCACUAUUCGCGCAUGCAUUAAGCCCUGUUUUCCCAGAGCAAGGCUUAUUUUAUCAUUUAUCCAUGAUGUGCACUGCAUAGUUUAAUACUGAAUUCUUCCAACUGUCCAUGGUAUGUUUGUUUCAGCUUGAGUGUCUGAAUGUUGAGAUUAAAGAAGGAUACAUGUAAUUUUUUUUUUUUCAUUUUUAAGCAUUAAGGUGAUAACUUAUUUACCUGUAUUAAAAUUAAAAGUAGGCAUGACAAUUUAUUUCAAAAAUUGUUAAUCACUUAACGUGAUGUUUGUUUCUUUUAAACUGCGCAAAUUUAUACUGUAUUAAAAUUUUGGUAAGAAAUGUUGCUCUUGAUGCAAAAAUUUGACAGAAUCCUGAGUAAAUGGGAAUAAAAUUGUAAAGACAGAACAGCGUUUGGCUUUACUUCACCUGAGCAUAACAUGCUAGUGAUGAGCUUUUGUGGUCACCUUUUUUCCGAUGUUUGUCGUGCUUCAUCAACAUUUUCAUUGAGGACAUAUUAAUUGCCAAAUCUUCAUGAAAUUUGAUAUAAACUUUUGCCUCAAUUUUAUUUUGCCUAAGUUUGAAACUGAUUCACUUGUUUGAAUUAAAGGAAAAGCUUGUGAGCACACCCAGGGGCCUAAUUUAUUUCCUGACCUUCAUGAAACUUGGUCUGAACAUGUUUUCCAAUGGUAUGUCAACCAAAUUGGUAAAAGGGUCACGUCGGGUCAUAAACUAGGUCACUAUGAUGAAUUAAAGAAAAUGCUGGUGAACACAUUAGUCCGCAUUUAAUCUCCUGGAGACUUGGUCUGAACAUUUGUUCUAACAAUUUCUCCACAGAGUGAGAUUUGAUUCCUGUCCAUUGAAAAACAUUGCUGCCAAGAGUCAUGGAAGCUUCCUUUUGUUUCUAUAGUAAAACAAUUGGACACUAACAUUUUAGUUUGUAACCCAUUCAAAAUGAAACUUGCUAACAACAUUUUUUUAAAUUAUAUCUGAGCCGAGUUUAAAAAUGAUUGUGGUUUUUUUUAAAGCAUGGAUGGCAUUUGUUGAGGCUUUUUUUUUUAGAAAGCUAGUGAACACUUCCUGCUCAGAACAUUUAGGUUCCUUGGGUCUCAGGUGAGCUCCUGACAGCCUUUGGCCCUCUUGUUUUUGUAGGUGAAAUUGAUUUGUGUUUGUCUGGGGCUAAAGUGUCCAUACUUUUAACAUUUUUAUUUGAGUUUCAAAGUUUUUCAAUCUUAAUCAAAUGUUUUAAAUAUUAAAAAAACAGUGCAUAUUUCAUGUAUUUUUCCAGUUUUACAAAUAUCUUUUAUUAUUGUUUUCAGCAUGAUAAUUAUUUUAAUGUGAGAGAGUGCUUCAAAUUUAUGAAUGGUGAAACUUAUUAAAUAGAAAUUUAAUCAUGUCCAUUGAACAAAUUAUCAUAUCAUUAGCAAAUUUUCAAAAGUUACUGUUUGCCCAUUCUGGAAAGGGGACAUUCUAAAAUGUCUCUUAAAUGUAUAAAGCAACUUUGGAGUGGCUGUUUUUUUAACCUAAUUUGGGAACAAUAUUGUACAGAUUAAUUUUUCUAUGUGAAUUAAAAAGUUGAAUUCAUAGUUCAACUAUAUAUUUGUAAGCUGAAAAAUGAAAUGACUUAUUACUUGUAAAUGUAUUGUCUUUAUUCAUUCUUUUACUUUUUAACAAUGCUGUCAUUUCAGAAGCGACCUAGGUGUUCUUGGAACAGAAUAUAGCAAUGAUUGUAUAUUGUGUAUACAAAGCUUGUACAUUAUCAUAAAGGAGCUUUGCUAAUAAUAUAUUAAUAAAUUGUAUAGUUGUAUUGAAUUGAAUAUGUUUUAUGUAUGUUGAUAUAUAUUUGUUGUGUUUAUUGUUCCUUUAUUAUUUAAUUUGUGCAGAAGGAGUAACUAUAUUUAUUAUUUUGUACAUGCAUAUGCGCCUGUCUCUGAGAAAACUUGAGUUAAUGCAUGUGCUGUAAGUUUUCCCACAUUAGCCUUUGCAGUCUGCACAGGCUAAUCAGUGACGGCACUUUCCGCAUUGACUUGAUUUUUAUUAAGAAGAGACUUCCUUUAAACUCAAAAUUCAAUUAAAGCCAAGUAUGGUACCAGAUGAGCCUGUGUGGACUGCUCUUGCUAAUCUGGGCUGAUACUUUGGGCAUAUGCAGAAAGCCCACUUUUUAAGAGAGUGGCUCAGAAAUAUCAGCUUGACUGAAUGUAUGUUUAUAUUUUGUGUGUUUUAACCUGGGUACAUAGUCAAAUAUCUUAUGAAAAACAUAAAAAUUCAUUAAAUGUAUUGUAAAAAAAUUCUUAUGUUUUAGCAAGUAAAUAUUGAUGCUAUGAUUCAAAUUGAAUGAUUUUGUUAGCAGACAUUUAUUGUGGGCUUUCACAUAGAAAAAUACUUCUGAAAUCUUUACUUGAGAUUUUUCUAAGUAGUUUUGCUAUUACCAGUCCUGACUAUGUUUGAUGGUUUUGCCAAUCUGGUGACAACAUGCUCAUUCUAAGCUUUUGUGAUUACAUUUUGUCUGUCA